GAAAGAAAAGAAAAAAGAAAAGAAAGAAAAAAAUGAUGGCGUGAAAAACUUCACGGUGGUACAGUUAUCCGACGGACUCCUAGGGAACAUGGUGGAAUGGUGCUUACCUCAAGAUAUUGACCUUGAAGGUGUUGAGUUCAAGUCUAUGGCCAGUGGGUCCCAUAAAAUUCAGUCUGACUUCAUCUAUUUCCGAAAGGGGCCCUUCUUCGGCCUGGCCUGCUUCGCCAACAUGCCCGUGGAGAGUGAGCUGGAGCGUGGUGCACGGAUGAAGUCUGUGGGCAUCCUGUCUCCGUCCUACACGCUGCUUUACCGGUACAUGCACUUCUUGGAGAACCAGGUUCGACACCAGCUGGAGACGCCGGGACACUACUCUCAUCUGGCGGCCUUCUAUGAGGACAAGAAAGGGGUGCUCCACGCCGGGCCGGGGCGAGGCGGCAGCCUGCGCCCUGUGUACUGGCUGCCUUCCAUCCACCGAUACAUGUACCCGGAGAUGAAGAUCACUCACCCAGCCGGCUGCAUGUCUCAGUUUAUCAAGUUCUUUGGAGAACAGAUCCUUAUCCUGUGGAAAUUCGCCUUACUUCGAAAGCGCAUUUUGAUAUUUUCUCCCCCUCCUGUGGGUGUUGUAUGUUACAGAGUGUACUGCUGCUGCUGCCUAGCCAACGUCUCCCUGCCUGGCAUCGGGGGCACCAUUCCUGAGUCCAAGCCUUUCUUCUAUGUGAACGUGGCUGACAUCGAGAGCCUGGAGGUAGAGGUGUCCUAUGUGGCCUGCACCACAGAGAAGAUUUUCGAGGAGAAGCGGGAGCUGUAUGACGUCUACGUGGACAACCAGAAUGUGAAGACUCACCAUGACCACCUGCAGCCCUUGCUGAAGAUCAACAGCGCCGAUCGGGAGAAGUACCGGCGGCUCAACGAGCAGAGGCAGAUGCUGCUGUACUCCCAGGAGCUGGAAGAGGACUACGGCCGCUGCGAGGAGGACCUGUUUGUGCUGUUUUUCCUAGAGCAGAACAACCGGAUAUUUCAGACUCUGCUGGAGGUGUCCGCCAGUCAAGACAAAACCCUGACCGCCGAGCAUGCCCGGGGCAUGGGUCUAGACCCCCAAGGGGACCGGAGCUUCCUGAUGGACCUGCUGGAGGCCUAUGGCAUCGACGUCAUGUUGGUCAUCGACAACUCCUGUUGCCCAUAGGGAGAGUGAGCCGGGACCGUGUGGAUUUAGCCAUUUCCGUGAUAUUGAUGUUUACAAAGAAGCUUCGCCACCUCUUUCCUUGAAGAGCAACCUUCUCUUGUCUCUGGGGAAGGAGCAGCCUUUCUGACUUGGGUCCAGGAAUGGUGACUUUUAGUGGCAUCUCAAAAGUUAGGGGGAGGUCGAUCCAAAGCAGGAAUGGUCAGACUCUCUUGGUGGACACAGGCCCCCUUCCUCUGGACUCGAGGGCUUUGGUGGAAGAGGACGGUCUUUAAGCACGUCUGUCCCCACGCCCUUCUGCCUGCAAAGGCUUGUGUGGAAUUGUAACUCCAAGCUCCUAAGUGCUCACGUAAGGGUCAUAGGGUUGAAUGAGGUUCCUGGACCUUCCUUUGAACAGCGGGCUGGGGCUCUGGGCUCCCUUUGUCGGUGAACUCUUCCAGGCAGCUGCGUGGUCCCCUCACCCUCGAGCAGGGCGCUGGGGGCUGGGGGCGGAGGGGAAUAUGCGAGUGAGGCUCGGCUGACCCUAAAGCAAAAGUCUCCCCCUCCCCUGUAUUCUGUUGAUGAGGGAACCCAGCCAUCCUUGCCUUGCCAGCCGCCGCCUCGGCCAGAAGCCCAGCGCAGCGCCGCCUCAGGCUGCCUGGGCCGAAUGCCCUGCGGCUCUGUGGUCAUUGUAAUACGGAGCCGCCUGUUUCUGACGCCCCCUUUGGAAGACUUGCUGUGUUCCCGCCUCUGCUCGCAGCCCCCUGCCCGCUCCCCAGCGUCUCCGGAUUGCGGCACCGUCCAGCAUCGUUUGCUGCCCCUUCAGACCCUUCCGCUUCCGGUCAGAGGACAUUGGUCAGCAUGCUUUCUUCACCGCCUCUGUAGAUCGGUCAGCUCUGGAGGGGCAGGGAUCCUUACCACUGACUCGUCGGGCAGAGGUGGAAGCCCAGGGCGGGGUGGCUGGACCCGGGAGAGCCUUCUGCCCUUCUCUGCUGUGGAAGCCCGCCCCCUGCCCUGCCUCCUCUCAGCGGGCCUGGUCCUCUGCGGACUCGCGGGCCGAGCUCACCUGCACAGGUUGCUGACCCGAGACGCCGGGGCUGCUGUGGAACCAGGCAGGAAAAACCAGGUGGCAGGAGUCCUGGGGGGACCGAGAAUCCAGGCCCAAGGUUUACUGAUGUCCAGCCACAUGUGACAAAGGCCCACUAAGGUGGAUUUUUUCAAUUCUGCAGCCUCGGCAGAUGGUCAUAGUCAGCCUUGGAGAAAACGUCCAGUUGCGCUCUGGCUUCGGAUUCUUUCUUCAGGAGUCAGAAGCGGUAGGGUUGAUCUGCGAGGCCAAAAUGUGGGCCAAACAAUUUGUGUAGAAUUAAGUAUGCUUUAGUCAAGCACGAAGCACCCCUGAGGCCCGGGCUCCAUCUGGUCCAGUAUCAUUGUGCCACCUGGGGCCUCGCACGGUCCUCGGGCAGCGGGACGGCUGUGAGUCAGGAGGCACUCGCCUCCCGCAGCUGCCAUCGGCACGGCGCCCCUUCUUCCAUUUGGCCGGGGGAGGGGGGCCGAGUUCACUGGUAAUGACAGAAAUCAUUUGGCCCAGAACUUGUAUCUAUAACUUAUCUUGUUUGGCCCCCAGUGAAAAUCAAGAUGGGAAAUUGAAGUGUAGCCCAGAGCACAGAUCAUUCUAAAUACCACCCGAGAAGCCUCAUUGAUCAGUGUAACUCCCUGAUAUUUUAGCUGGAAGAUAAAGGUAAAGAUAAAUCAGAGCUGAAUCGCUGUUUUUCAUUCUGGCGGCUACAAGGGUCAGCUCGCUAUUUGUCUUGAUACACGGAAAGCCCUUCCAACACAGUAAAAAGGCGAGAGUACUCACCUUUUAACCAAGGCCUUUAGGGAAGCUUUUGUAAAGGGCGGUCAUGAAUUAGCUUUUGAAGGGUAGGACGCAACCCUCUGGGAAGAGGCAGGGACCUAAGGGACCUUUUGUUCUUUUGGGUUUUUUUCCCCCCCUGAAACCGCAUAGCCCAGGGAAUGGGUUGAGAUGCUUUCCCCAGUCCCCGUACAGACCAUACUUGCAAAGGUAAGGGAGCAGGAGGGCAUCGAAUAAAAUCGUAAGAUGAUGUUCAGCUGGACAGUAAGCGUUCCUUCGUCGGAUGCCAGUUCGGAGACAGGCAGGAAAGUCAACAUGGGGACCGACGCGCGUGUGGGGGCUUCUACUCCCUGUCCAGUCCCUCACUAGCGGGCUCAGAAUCUGUGGGGUCCAGCCCCGGCUGCCCUGCAGGGAGACUCCUGCCGCUCGGGGCCUCACCCCAGCCGGCCCCCACCAGCCCCUCCUUGUUUCAGGAAGACCCUGGUCUGAUUUCAGGUCAGGGCAUAGAAGGGGUCAAGGGCUCCUCUUACUCCCGAGUCUUGGGUUUCUGAUGACUAAUGUGCCUCUGUUCCCGGGAGCUGCUCGGGCACGGAGUGCUGAGGGGGAGGCUAACUGUGAGAAAUGGGAGUUUAUUUUUAUAUCGAUAUUACUAUGUGAUGAAUUAAGUGUACAGAUGUGGAAAGGGAAGAAAAUUUCAAAACUAGAAUCCUGGGAGGAACAGGAAGCAACCGAAACCCCACAGAAGCGUCAUUAUUUGUCUUUGCCGUGAAGGAGGCUGCUGUGCCGUGAAGUCUUCGCAGCGCUCCCAGGAGGGAACGGGAGGGUCCUCGCGAGGCUGAGCGGGCACCGACCUGAAGUGAGACUCUGGUACAGAAGGUGUAAAUGUGAGGGGGCUGAUCAGGCCUCUUCCUGGUGCCGUGUGGUCUUCUGUCUGGCACGUUGAUUCUUUCUGGAGCCAGAAGACGGGGGCAGUUGGGUAAAACUGCACAUUUAGAAGGGAAAUGAGAAUUUUCUAGUGAUUACAAAUGAUGAUGGGGGAAAGCCCUCUUUAGAGUUCUCCACAAGCUCAGUGUAGCAUGGGCUUUUAGCAGUAACGUAAUCUGAAUUCAGAAAAUUGAUUUACUUACCAUAGUGUAAGGAUAGGUGUGAAGUACUCACGUUUGCUGUAGAGGGUGUGAUAGGCUAACGAUACGUUUCCUCUGCUUUCUAGGGACACCUGGGGAACCCAGGGGGAGGUAGGGCCUUAGAAAUUAGCCAGGGAAGAUCUACAACAUGAAAAAAUCCACAGAGAGGCCAUGGAGUUAGCUGGUUGCAAAUGUUUUUCAUUGACGUUGGAGUGAAAACUUCCUUAGGCCAAAUCAAGCAAAGAUUAAAAAGUAUACAAAAACUUUGAAGGCAGCAUCAGGAAUGGUUUGUCUAGGGUGCCCUCAAAGACCAUGAUGAGGAAUGGUACGAAUUCUGUGCUAUUGAACAGCCCAGGUAGGAGACUUGAGGGGGGACGGAGCAGAGGAAAACAAAGUCAACCUCCUUACUUACCCAAGCUUGUUGGCGAAUUUUCUUUUAAUAGGUUCGGGAAGUCAACCUUUAUCUGAAAAAGGAAUGGCUGUAGCCUUGGAAAAAUGGUUUUCCAAUUUCUCCCAAGUUAGGAUCAGCAUAGCCUCCCUGUCGCCUUAAAUGUCAAACCCCUAUUUUGAUUACUACCCCAGCAUCAGAGUUAUAGCAAUAAGAGACACUGAAUCUAUUUUUGUCUAAAUUCUUUACCUCAUAGUAUGAAGUUAGUAAGACAGUGGAUAAAUUUCGCCCUAAAUGCUCGUGUGCGCAGGUGCUUCUUCUGCUUUGAACGGUAAUGAUUUUCAUGGCCUAAAGAAAGCUGGUGUUAAUCCUGAAGCUACAAGGAGUAAAUGUUUCUUUAAUGAUUGUGUUUUGUGGUACAAAUAACAUCUGUCUAUAUCCUAUCUGUAUAUAUCGGAACCAUGUUGUGUGCAGAGAAGUUGAUAUAACUAUAUUUACAGAAAACAAUUUUUACAAUUAAAGUUCACAUUUUAACAUCAA